CCCUCUCCAGCCAUGGACGACAUUUAUAAGGCAGCGGUUGAGCAGCUGACAGAAGAGCAAAAAAAUGAGUUCAAGGCUGCCUUUGACAUCUUCGUGCUGGGGGCAGAGGACGGUUGCAUCAGCACCAAGGAACUGGGGAAGGUGAUGCGGAUGCUGGGGCAGAACCCCACCCCUGAGGAGCUGCAGGAGAUGAUAGACGAGGUGGAUGAGGAUGGCAGCGGCACUGUAGACUUUGAUGAGUUCCUAGUUAUGAUGGUCCGGUGUAUGAAAGAUGACAGCAAAGGAAAAACCGAAGAGGAACUCUCAGAUCUCUUCAGGAUGUUUGAUAAAAAUGCCGAUGGCUACAUCGACCUCGAGGAGCUGAAGAUCAUGCUGCAGGCAACAGGAGAGACCAUUACCGAGGAUGACAUAGAAGAACUGAUGAAAGACGGGGAUAAAAACAAUGAUGGCAAGAUUGACUAUGAUGAGUUCCUGGAGUUUAUGAAGGGAGUUGAAUAAAUCUGAGGCCAGAUCGACAGCCCGAAUCUCCUAAACACCUCCAGCUCUGCAUCUCACCUCCUUGGCCAAGUCCCCUGGCUACCGGCAUGAAGACUGAGUGCUGAGAAGGGUGGCCGCUGGGAAAAUAAAACACAUU